UCAUCAUCAGCGGCCGUAACGUACACACAUGCGUAACAUUUGGUUUGGAAUUGCCGAAAACUACUCUUCGGAGAGCUUUUGUAUGAGAGGGUACUAUUAACUUCUAGAAUCAACACAUCACAAUGAUGGAGGAAGUAACUGGAGAUCAUGGUGAGGGACAUUCCUCAAUACCCCCAGCUGCAGCACCGAUAAGUAGUGUUGCAGCCCCAGUGAAUCCUGUUACUACUUACGUUCCCCCUCCACAACCGUCUCAGCUGUACAUUCCCCCGCCUCAAGACUCACCCCAGCCCCAGCUCUUCACUCCGUCCAAGGAGCCUUCAUUACCACAGUCACAGAUGUCAACGUCUUCUCAUCAGUCGAUGGUUCCAGAUCCGCAGCCAAAGGAGGUGACGAAUGCUGAGGACUCCGCUUCCACCCUACAGGGUGACUACCACAGUGAGGGAGGGGCAGGAGGAGGAGGAGGGGGACUGUUCGGCUGGGGAAGUAACUUCAUGAAGAAGAUGGUGGAGAAGACAAAGAAUUCCGUGGAUACGAUGAUCACAACGUUAGACCCAGGCAUGGCACCUAUAAUAAAAUCAGGAGGUGACAUCUACAUCAUCGUCGCUUCCGACAAGGACGUGAAAGUGGCACCCAUAAGAGACGCUUUCCAGAAGGUAUUCGGUCUCGCCACUGUCGUAGGCAAGCCUGGUCAAUCUAACAUCGCACCCCAGCCAGAGGGGUAUGCAGCGGGGAGCAAAGGGGCGCAGGAGAGGAUAGAGAACCUGCGAAGGAACGGUGUCGUGGACGAGACGCAGACGGUGGUGUCGGUAGAGAAUUUCAUCGUGGAACUUUUGCCUGACAAGUGGUUUGACAUUGGCUGCAUUAUACUUCAAGACCCCAUUAAUAACAUCACUCUUGAGACAUUCACCCAAGCAACACCCAUCCCGAUUGACCUCAUCACUGCCGCCCAAUCACAGACCCCGCCCGAUUAUUCAUUGCGCUGGUCCGGUCUCGCCGUGACUGUGGGUGAGGUGAUAGAGAGCAACACACCCGGAGUGAAUCACGGCGACUGGCACGUCGCAUUCACCGGCGUCUCGCGCCGGGAUAUGAUAUACAGUACAGCGUUGGUCGUUGCUGGUAUGUAUCAGAUGAGGUUACCACUGAAAGCAGAGACGAUAUGAACCCAAGCAUCGUUUGAUAGUGUCAGCCUGGUAGCCAACUUUUGAUUGGCUAGUUGAUCCUUGGCUUCACCUUUUCAACCAAUAGAAGAGAGCCAUACAGGAAUGCUAGCUAGUUCGGUGCUGAAAGACAGUUUUCUUUUCAUUAUACCUCUGCAGCAUUGGUAAAAUCUUCUGUAUGCAAAUGUAAUGUAGACAAUCUGAUUUGAUCACAUCACAAGUUGGAACUGGUUUCUUGUCAGGAAUGUGAACACGAUGGAUGCAUUUGUAUUAAACAGACCAGGCCCCAAUUUCAUGGAGCUGCUUAAACAGCCAAUAAAGGAUGAUCUCAAAUAUAUAGAUAUUACAGUUUUC